AUGACGUCGAUGCGUGAUGUGCUGGCCGAACUCAAUCCUCUGAUUGAUUGGCAUCAUACCCAAGUCGGCUGCGGACUCGACGCAAAGACAUGCGCCGACAACCAGAUGCAGUCGCUGUUGUCGAGAGUGCGAUCCUUCGGAACGAUCAGCACUGACGACGCCACGCUCUUGGUGGGCACAAUUCGGGACAAUGCGCUCCCAGACUGGUCCCCUGAUCAGAUUGCAGAAAUCUGCACGGCGGUCGGGCAGAAGACGGGUGUGCUGACCAGCGCCGCAGAUAAAGAAGCGACCAAGUUAAAGAGCGGCGACAUGUCGCAGAAGGCGAUGAUCGCCAUGGUGUGCAAGAGGGCCCAUGCGAUCGGCAUGUACACUCUGUCCGAGGGGAGCAAGGGUCAACUCGCAGCGGUGGUAUCGUCCCAACUCACUGGCGUUGCCAACGACAUGUGGUACGACAUUCUGGUGCAGGUCAAGCUGAAGCUGGCUACCAUGAAGGCACGAGACUGGAAACACAGAACUAUAUGGGAAUACGAUUCUCCAGACUCCCUCGAGAGCGAAUCGUGGCACUAUGCCGCGUACCCCGAGGGAGACCCGCCACGCGGGCAGGACUGGUACAUCGACGAGCCCGACUUCGUGCGACUGAGCAGUCGCCUGAUGAAGGGCGGCAAGCACGCGGCCAAGCAAGUGCGGGACGACCGCCCCGCCCCGCCGCCGCCGACCGCCCCGCCUCCCGCCAUUUGCGACUUCGGCGCCUACCAAUUCAUGUACGGGACGAUGAACGCGUACCAUAUGUACGCUCAUCCAGGAAUGGAGGCCGUGGCCCUGAGUAAGCGUCCAGCAGCUGCUGGGGGCGAUGCCGAUGGCGUCGAGGGCGCCGACGACGAUGGCGACGAACUCGCCGACGAGGAGGGGGGCCCGCCGAAGAAGGUCAUGAAGGGCGCCCCGCCGAAGAAGGCCAUGAAGGUGGUCAUGCGGAGGCGCAUCCGCUGGGACACGGGCAGCACGCGCCAGGAGGCUUUCACCAAGGCGAUGAAGUUCAUAGACGAGCGCGCGGUGGCGGACCUCCCGGUCCUGCCGGCCAGCGGGCCGGGCGCCGCCGGGGGCCGCGGCGUGCGCCUCGCCGUGCUUGCCGGCAGCCUCGCCGCGGUGGCCGGCCUCGUGGGGCUGGCCGCGCCGCCCGCCGUGGGCCGGGCCCGCGCGUCGUCGCAGUUCCUCGGCCGCGUGGGGCUGUGGGACGCCAGCGGCGCGCCCUGCGCGAACGGCACCGCCAGGUGGAUGUGGGCCGACGCUGGCGUCAGAGUGCCGGGGGUCGGCGCCAAGCAGCACCCGAGCAGAGCGGCCGAGUGGAACCCCCUUCGCUGGAGCCCCGCGCUGCCGGUCCCCGCGGUGGCGGAGCAGCUGCAGGCCAGCUCCAGCCCGGCCCGGCCGGUGGAGGUCGACUUCGAGAGCUGCGGCUCGCGGUUCCGGCAGGCCUUCGCCAGCGUGGGCGACGCGCUCCGUCGCCUCGACCACUUCGCCGACAGUCGGGCGGUGCGGCGCGACAUCACGCUGUGCGCGAACAGGACCUGCAGGUGGAUGUGGGGCGACGCCGGCCUCGUGCCCGCCGUGGAGAGGUGGAAUCCCUGGCGGUGGAGCUCUCAGAAGCCAGUCGGUGACACUGUGGACGAGCUGAAGGGCUUCUUCGAGACGGAUCGUCCAGUGCAGAUGGACAUAUCCGGUUGCGGCGUAGAGGCUUCCUUGGAGUUCCGCAACGCCACGGAGGCAUUGCACAGUCUGGACGCCAAGGCGGCCGCUGGGAGUGUUCCCUUCGAGUUCGACAUCAACGCGUCCAAGCAGUUGGCGAUCGUGUCGUCGCUGGCAUACCACACGAAGCCUGCAUGCCUGGAGGAGAUCUCGAAGUGGACGUGCGAGUCUUGCAACCGGUCGGGCCUGGAUGUCGUGCCGCGGAGCGUGCAGGUGUUUUCCACCAAGCACUCGGCUUUCCGCGGGUUGACGGCCAAGCUGCCAGCUGCGGACACAGCCCAGGCUCGCGGAGACGUUCCGUCCACCGAGUGCCUGGUCUCCUUCCGCGGGUCGACCUAUGCCGGCAGCCUGCACGGCAACGUGGCGCAGCUGCACACUGAUCUCGAUGUGGCCCAGGUCGAGGUCCCCGUCGAGUGGGGCUGCAGGAGCUGCUAUGUCCACAAGGGGUUCCUGAACGCCUGGCAGGAGCUAGAGCAGGAGGUGUUGAGCGCCUUGAGGGGCAGCGGCUGCGAGGGCAGCGGUUUGGUUCUGACGGGGCACUCACUAGGAGGGGCUCUCGCCACACUGGCGGCGUGGCCAUUGUCGAGGCUUCACGGCUUCCACCUGAGCAGGAUCUACACGUUCGAGUCACCACGCGUCGGCGGCACAGCGUUUGCCUCUGCCUGGAAUGACGCCAUAGCGAAGGAGGUGCCGGCAUUCCGUGUGACCCACGGCGGCGACCCCAUCACGCGCAUGCCAUGUUUCUUCGGAGCUUUCAGGCACGUCCUGCACGAGGUGCGCCACGAGGAGGACGGCGGGUAUCCGAUCCGCUUCGCGCAGUGUCUCCGCGCGACCCUGGGGCUCUUGGUGUUUGAGGCAGUCGUGCGGAUCGGAGGGCAGAGGCCGCACGCCUCCGCAUCGCCUGGCGCACCGCCCGGGCCGGCGGCCACCGUGGACCCCUACGCGGAGGCGCCCUGCGAGCAGUCCAGCCUCACCGACGCCGUGGUGGUGGUGAAGCUUGCGCUCGACGAGGACGAGCAGGCGACCGUGUCCGUGCCGAGCGGCGCUGUGUUCGGGGACGUAAAGGAGGCGCUCGCCGCCUCGCUGGGGCGGCCGGACAUCUCCAGGUCGGCGCGCCUCGUGCAGCGCGUGGGCCGGAGCGGAUUCACGGCUUACGGCGACGCCGAGAAGCUCGGCGGCAGGCGGACGGUGUAUGUCAUGGGGGUCGGCAGCCUCCGGGCGGCGCCGCCCGCGGGCGGCGCGGCGGGGCCGCGGGCGCAGGCGGAGGCGGAGGCCGGCGGUGCCGGCGGGGCGACGCCCCCGACCCUCACGCUGCAGCAGGCCAGGGCGCUGCAGCGGGAGCUGCUGGCCGGCUUCUCGGGCCCGGAGUUCCGGCGGGGCCUGGACGCUCUGCGGCGCUCGCCGCUGCGGGAGGCGGCCCCGCGGAAGUUCGCCGUGGAGCGCCAGAAGUUGCUGCUCACGGUGCAGGGCGCUGUGCUCCCGACCUACGGCUUCCGAGGAGACGCGCGGGGAGUGUUCGACAUGGUCAGCAUGCUCUCCUCCACGGCAGAGUUCUUGGAGGAUGCGGAGUUCAUGAGAAACGGGUUCCGGCUGGAUCGUUUGCUCUCCCUGGCCGACGCGCCGACUGCCAAGGUCCCAGGCCGAUCCCGCAGCCGAAGCAAAGCAGCCGCGCGAGCCCCGGCGCGGCUGCCAGCCUCGCCGCCGGGGCGGACGCCGGGGCGGCCCCCGAGGCGACCGCCAGAGGAGGCGGUGGUGCCGGGGCAGCCGCAGCAGGAGCGGCAGGAGGUGGGGCCGCCCGCGCGGCCGCCGGAGCCACCGCCCGCAGGGCCCCAGGGCCAGCAUGCAGCAGCGCCCCCGCCGGAGACGGCGGCGGAGCCGGUGGAGCAGCAGCCGAUGCAUGCGCCGGGGCGGGCCCAAGCAGAGCCCGGCUUGCCCCAGGUGGGGCUGCUGGAGACGCCGCCGGCAUCGCCGCGGCGUGCCGCCACGCCUCCGCGGCCCUCGCCGGGGCACUCGCCGGCGAGGCAGCGGCAGCCGCUGGCGCAAGUGCAGCUGGCUGCCCAGCCGCUGGAACAGCAGCAGAGUGCGCCGUCCGCGCGGCAGACGGACCAGGUCGAGGUGGUCGUGGCGCUUGUGGCAUCAGAGGAGGAGGUGGUACUGACACUCCCCGUGGACGCCACCGUCGGCGAGUUGCGGCAGGCGUUGGCGAGCUACUUGAGGCAGCCUCCGGUUGCGCGGAGGGCGCGCCUGGUGCAGAAGACCCGCAGCGUCUUCACUGCGCUGCAGGACAGCGACAAGCUGGGCGGCCGGCGGAAAGUCCACGCCAUGGGCGUCGACAGCUUGAAGCCCGCGAGGGAGCCCCUGGACGCUGAACGGGCGCGGCAGAUGCAGCGGGACCUCCGCGACGGGUUCGCGUCCGAGGCCUUCCAGCGGCGGCUGCAGGAGCUGCUGGCGCUCCCACGGGGCUCGCCCGAGUUCCUCCAGGGCCGCGCGGUCGAGGUCCUGGCGGUGCACCAGCUGGUGCUGCCCAAGUACGGCUUCGACGCGAGCCCCCGGGCGCUGCGGGAGGUGCGCGAGCUGCUGGAGCACCUCGCCCAGGGCGACCCCCAGAUCACGCAGGCCGCGCGCCGCCUCGACCUGGAGGAGCUGCUGCAGCGGUGCCCCGACCUCCUGCGCCAGGUCGCUGCCCUCUGCGAGGAGCCCGCGUCCAGCCGUGGACGAGCCAGCGGCGACGCCCGCGGCGGCAUCUACCAGCGGAUGCGGCUGUGGUCGCCCUUUUUCCGGGCGCUUUGCGAGGAGGAGCCCACGGCGGCGGGCCCCCUGCAGCGCCUCGCCCGCACCGUGGCCUCCUGCCGCACGGUGCUGCGGUCCGACGGGGCCCGGGCGGCGCGCCUGCUCCUGGGCGCCUGCUGGAUCGGCAUCAUGGGCGUGGCCUCCCCGGUGCUGUGCGUGGUGUGGACCCUCUCCGAGUCCGGCGCCCAACCUCACCCGACACCCGCGGACCCCCUGCGGCACCGCCCCGCGCUGCUCGCGCUGGCCGCCGCCUCCGUGGCCGUUCCGGUGCUGCUGCCGCGCCGGGGCGCCGGCGACUCGGCCGGGCUGCGGGGCGCGCUGCGGCAGCUGUCGCGGUGGCACGGCGCCCAGGGCGAGUCUCCGGCCGCCCGCGGCCCGCCGCGGAGCCCGGAGCAGUGGGAGCAGGAGGAGCGCCGCCGCAGCGCCCGCGAUGCGGAGUUGGCCGUCACCGCCUCGGACGGGUUUGUGCUGUCGCUGCGCGCCGGCCUCGCCGGCUGCUCCGCGCUGGCGCUCGUGGCGGCGCUGUGGCCGCUGGUCGGCGCGUGCGCCUCGUGCGUGGGCCUGCUGCUGGUCGCCGUGCCACAGGCGCGCUUCGCGGGCUACGACGUGAAGCUGCACGUGCUGAAGAUGAUGCAGCCGAGGGCCCGCGGCUGGCAAAACCUCGGACCUGCCGUGCUCAGGGAGGAGACCUCCGCCGUCAUGAUGCGGGAGCAGUUCCUGGAGGAGACCCGGCUCGAGGAGGAGCGCGUGAGCCAGCUGCCGGCCGACUGCCGCCUGGGCGCCAUCUGGACCCUGACCACGACCUGCUUCUUCGUCUGCGCCUUCCGCUCCGUCAUCCUCUGGGUCGGCGUGCUGCAGGGCUGCUCGCGCGCGGAGCGGGACGUGCACGAGCCAGGGUGCCUGCCGACUCUGGCCGCGAUGGUCUGCCCCGGCUUCCUGAUGGUGGGCACCGUCAUGCGCUUCUGCCUGGCCGUGCGGGGCGCCUGCCCAGCGCCCGACAGUGACGUCGAGGCGCCGCGCGACCAGGGCGCGCUCCCGCGCUGCGCCCAGGCGGCGGCCUGCGCGCUGGUCUCGCUGCCGCCGGUGCUGCUGAGCGGCCUGGGCAUCUGGCUGACGACGAAGCUCCUGGCCGACUACUCGAAGUCGCCGCUCGGCGACGUCCUCUCGCUGUGGCGAGUCCCCGAGUGGGAGGAGGUGCUGGUCGUCGCCGCCGUCGCGGCGCUGUGGGUCGCGCUCCUCCUGUUCAGUUCGGCGCUCUCCGCAUGCAUCAGGAUCCUCAGCGAUUCGGGCAGCGUCACAUUCAUCGGCAUCCUGGGCGCCGGGUACCUUGCAUUCGAGGCCAUGAUGGUGGCCAUGAUGCUGGGACAGGGCGCGCGCCAUCUGCCUCGCAUGAUGAUGCUUGUCUCGUCGGUGUCUACCGCGAUGCUGUCGUUUGGUGGGAUUUGCUACAUCAUCUACGCCACGGCUGCCUUCAUGCAGGAGCCCCCUUUUGAGAGCGGGAGCAGCUGCGAGCGCGCUGGCGCACCGUCGGGGCCCAGCUCGGUGCGGCGCUGUGCUGUGCCUCCGCUCGGCAGUUUCGCGCCGCAGCGCGGCGACGGGGCCGACGAGGCCGAGGUGGGCGUCGAGAUCGGUGCGCUGCUCGAGGCGCCGGAGGCGCCGGCGGCCGCGGAGGUGCAGGCCGCGAGGUCUGGUCUGCUCAAGGCUGGGCAUACCGUCUCGUUCCGGGGGGACGCCCCCGCGGCCGGAUGGCCCCCCGGCGCCGGCCGCGGGCUGACGCUGCAGGAGGCCACGCGCCUGCAGAGGGAGCUCAUAGACAGCUUCUCCAGCGACGAGUUCCAGGCGUGCUUCCGGGAGGUGCAGAGGUCCUUCUACAGGAAGAACCUGAAGCACUACAGGUUUCAUCGCCAGAAGUUGCUGCACAGCGUCCAGACGAAGGUGUUGCCUAAGUAUGGCUUCUCCGACGACCUGUCGGGAGUCUUCGACAUGUUGCGGGUCAUGGCCGAGCACGUUGGCCAGGAGGAAUUCGACCGCAACGCCGAGGCCAUCGACAGCCUCUUGCUUCAGGGCCCGCGAGGGGAGCUGCUGGAGCCCCCGCCGGAGGUCUUCGAGGCGGGCCCGCGGUCGGAGGACGCGCAGGUGGGCACGGCCACGGACGAGAUGGUGACCGUCCUGGUGAGGCACGCCCUCCACCAGGACGAGCCCGUCGAGGCGGCCGUGUCCGUGCCGAGCAGCGCAGUGUUCGGGGACGUGAAGGCGGCGCUCGCGUCCUCCCUGGGGCGGCCGGGCAUCUCGAGGUCGGCGCGCCUCGUGCAGCGGGUGGGCCGCAGCGGCUUCACAUCUUACAACGACGACGAGAAGCUCGGCGGAAGGCGGACGGUGUUCGUCAUGGGGCUCAGCAGCCUCGAGCGUGCGUCAUCCGAGGGCGGCGCGUCAGUGCCGACGGCAGUGACAAAGUCAGAGGCGCGCGACCCCAGCGGGCCAGCACACCCUGGCGGCGUGGGAGCGCGGCCGCCGCCAGCUGCCGUCGCAGCCGGCUGCGCUCAGCCAGCUGAGCGGCCGCCUGCGCAGGCGCUGCACAGUGCGGUCGGGCGGCCGCCAUCGCGGCCGCCAUCGCAGCCUCGGGCGCAGCAGCUGCAGGAGGAGGCGGAGGAGGAGGAGGAGGUCCUGCGCACGCGUCCGCCACCAGAGCAGCUGCCCGAGCAGCCAGCAGGGCUGGCCCCUGCCACGGCCACGGCGCAGCAGCCCACCGAGUCGCUCGAGCAGCUGCCGGAGCCAGAGCUGCAGCCGCAGCAGCAGCAGCAGCCACAGCCGGAGCCGGCGCCGCUGCCGUCGGUGACGCUGCAGGAGCAGCUGCCGUUGGCGGCGCGGCCCGAGCAGCCGCAGGCGCAGCUGCAGCAGGGAGGGUGGCAGACAGGGCGGCCGCCGUCGUCAGCGCUGCCCGCGUCAGCGCGCCAGGCGCGGCUGCUGACGGUCCGCCUUGCCUUGUCGGGGGUGGACUUCCGCACGCUCGUGCCGCUGACGGGGCGGGGCGGGCCGCUCACCGCCGGGGAGCUGCGGGCGCUGCUCCUGGACCGCGGCCUGCUGUCGUGUGCCGCCGACGUCUCCAUGUCUGCGGAGGCACCGGUGUUCCGGGAGCCCGCUGGUCGUGACCACGCUGUGCGGCCUCUCGAUGACUCGGACGAGGUCACGGGCGACGUCAUCUGGAUUAGCCAGGAGAAAGCGCAUUGA